AUAAGGGUCAGAUUGGGUCGCAAACUGUGAGCACAACUUUGAGCUCCUCAGAACUGCGAAACUCCUACAUAAAUAAGGAAUCUCGCGUCGUGGAAACCCUGUAAACCAGAAGGCGGGGUUCUUCAGAAGGGCGUGUCUUCGCUUUCGACCAAUCCCGGAGCGGUGGAAUUGUAUUGUAUUCUUUUCCGCUUGCUCACCCGCCGGCCCUGCCCGGGAGUGCCUGGCACCGCCCCGCCCCUGAGGAAAUCAGGAACCAGCUGCCCGUCCGUCUGCCCUACACAAACUGCAAGCCGCCCGGGGCGGGGAGCGCGGCGGGCGCUGGAGGGAAGUCCAGGGCGAAGGUGAGCCCAAGCAAUUCUGCCCUAGAGGAAAAUAUGGAAGCAGAUUCCGAGAGUCAAGAGUCCUCUGUACUUGAAACUUCAAAUAAGUCGGGAGAAGAAGCGGCAGGCGCCAGGGCUGGCAAUGGCUGUGCCACCGAAGGACAUGCGCCUCAUUGCACAGAAGGUUGGGAAGAUGCGUGUUUGAAACAUGGCAAAGAAACCCCAAAGAAAAUUCUCUGUGGCUAUUUAAAUAAAUGUUCUGCUAAAGCACCAGUCAAGGCUUGGAAGUCCCGUUGGUUCUUCUAUGAUGAAAACAAAUGCCAUUUACUUUACUACAGGACAGCACAAGAUCUUAAUCCUUUGGGGAGCAUUGACAUUUCCAGUGCUAGCUUUGACUGGGAAAAGCUGUUCUUUGUGGCAAGAGAAACGACACUUUUCAGACGAACUACUGUCAACAAACAGGCUGUCAACAAACAGGCCAUGAUGUACUGGUUGCAACAGCUGCAGAUGAAACGCUGGGAGUUCUGUAAUAACCAGGCAAGAGGUUUUGUGGAGGAAGAUGCUUUUUUCACCUCUUCUGUGAAUGAGGAGCGAUGUAAUAAUACUGAUGCAGAACAUGAGUUUCUACCUCCUGUUAAAACUCCCGCUGAUGAUGUAGUCGGCAUAAAGGCAGCCUCUCUACCAGCACCACAGCUUUCUGUUGCUCUUCAGAACAUCUCCCUCAAGCAUCCUUGGAUUGAAAUACAAAACACAGUACAUAAUCUUUGUGGUGGCCGGCAAAACCGAAGGGACAGUGAUGUAUUUGCUAUUGAGGUCAUCCAGGAUAAUGCUGAAAAUGUGGCUGAAGAAGAGCACAUAGAAGCAGAAACUGAAGAUGCAGUAGAGAGCCAAAAAGACAGAAGAAUUAACUUAAAAUCACAUUUGGCUGAAAGAAUGAAAAAAGUGAACAGCAGUUUCCUUUCCUUCGCUGAAGGGACUGGCCAGGAAAAAGCAGCUUCUCUUCGGCACCAAGUGUUGGUACUUUCAGAGGAAGUAAAGUCUCAGAAAGAACUAGUUAAACUUCUCCACAAAGCUCUGGAGGCGGCCCAGCAAGAGAAACGAGAGUCCUGCAGAUACUUGGCCACAGCAAAGGAGAAAGACAGGCUGGAAUUGGUGCGACACAAAGUGAGGCAAAUUGCUGAGCUGAACAAAAAGGUGGAGUUGUUGGAGAUGGAGAAGAAAGAUGAUUUGGUCUUGAACAGGCAAUUUAGAGCUCCUGACCUUACAAAAGACCUCCUUAAAUUGUUGUUUAAUUUAAAUGUCUUCUUUUCUUCUGUUUGUCAGGAUGAUCUAGAAGCAUACAAGACUCAAAACCAAUUCCUGAACUCAGAGAUCCACCAGGUUACUAAAAUAUGGAGCACAGUGGCACGCAGAGAGAAGACCCUCUUGAUGAAGUGCACCCGUCUGCAAGCCCACAACUGCCAGAUUGAGAGCAAGUAUCUGAUGGUUCUGCAGAAACUGCAGAGCCUACCAGACUUAGCCAGUGAGCACAUGGAAAUGGUGAAGGGCCUCAUACAAGAGGCACUCCAGUGGGAUGGGAAGGAAGAAGCCAUGAUACCUAUCCAGCUGAGCCCAAUCAAACAAUAUGACGAGUACGGGUUUAUGACGGUUCCUGACUAUGAAGCUGAGGAUUGGAAGCUGCUGGCAAAAAUCCAAGCUCUGGAGAUCAAAUCCAGUAAUCUCUUGAGCCAGGAGGCAGUGGAGAAACCCCUCACUGAGCGGUGGAAUAACCUCGGAGAACUUACUCCUUCCUCAGAGCUCAAAAGCUUACUGCGCUGUGGUAUCCCGGUAGAGCACCGGCAGAGGGUGUGGAGGUGGAUCGUGAGCCAUCGUGUGCAGCACAUCCGCUCUCCCGGCCAUUACCAAAACUUACUCAAGAAGUGUGAAGGUGCUGAUCACCCAGCUUCCCGACAGAUCGAGUUGGAUCUACCCCGCACUCUGACCAACAACAAGCACUUUAUAUUGCCUACUUCCCACCUUCUUCCCAAACUCCGGAGGAUUUUACUUGCAUUUUCCCGCCAGAAUCCCACAAUUGGCUAUUGCCAGGGACUGAACAGACUAGCAGCCAUUGCCCUAUUAGUCCUAGAAGAUGAAGAAAAUGCUUUCUGGUGCCUAGUUCAUAUUGUUGAGAACCUCAUGCCUCCUGAUUACUACAGCAAUACACUCAUAGGCUCACAGGUGGAUCAAAGAGUCUUCAAGGACUUCUUGUCAAUGAAGCUUCCCAGACUGACAGCUCACCUGGAGCAGCACCAAAUUGACCUGGCCCUUGUGACUUUCAAUUGGUUUCUGGUUGUGUUUGUCGAUAGUCUUGUCAGUGACAUUCUCUUCCGAGUUUGGGAUGCCUUCCUCUAUGAAGGGACAAAGGUGAUAUUCCGUUAUGCACUGGCAAUUUUUAAAUACAAUGAAGAAGCAAUAUUGAGGAUCCAAGACAGCUUGGAAAUAUACCAGUACUUUCGUUUUUUCACUAAAACUGUCUGUGAUGGCAGGAAGCUGAUGAACAUUGCCUUCAGUGACAUGAAUCCUUUCCCUAUGAAGCUGCUCCAGAAUCGUCGUGGAGAGUACCGACUGAAACUGGAGGCUGAGUUGAAAGAACUGGAGCGAAUAAAGGCCCAGUAUGUGAGGGAACAUGUCGCCAGUCAGCUGGAUGGAGCUGUGAGUGAGGAUGAGGAAGAAAUGUAACCCCUGUUCCCAUUUCUCUGCGUAUCUCCAAGUGUCAUAUUUUGCUUCUCUGGAAACAAAAGGUGGAUGUUGUUUGCACAGAUAUUGUCCUUGGCACCCAUGAACAGUAUGAGGAAAUGCACCUGAGUGCUUUCAAGCGCAUCGAGAAUGAUCAUAUGGCAUGGAAGCCUUGCUCUCUUUUGGAUCUAGUGUGUAGUGUGAUAUUUCCUGGAUGUCACUCAGAAGCAAGUCAAGGUGUUUUGCUGCCUGAGGCAAAGGACAAAAUGGAGUCCCACUGCCAUUUCAUAUAUGGAAGCUGAUCACUCAGACUGGCACUUGAAUCUGAGUUAAUCACUGAUAACUGGACAAAACCAUCUACUGCAUCCACUGGCUGACUUGAGGGGACAAGCGCACAUAGCCAGCCAGGUGGCACUCUAUCCUCCAACAUCUUGCCACCUCCCCUUACUUCCUAUUUUCUUGCUGCCUGAGACCCACUUUGCCUAAUGGUAACACCAGCCCUGAUGCUGCUGUGACAUAAAGUCCUUAUUAUAUUUUAUUUUCUGAAUCGCCUCAAGUACUGGAAAUCUCAAGCUUUGGAAAUCUGUCCCUUUUCUCCUCGUUCUUGUAUGGUAUGGUUUUUACCUGGAUGGCAAAGAAAGAAUGUAUGUUUUUGUCAAUUAUAGGUCUGUAUCAAAGGCUAGUGAAGCACCAGUAAUACUAAGCAAUAUCUCACUAUUUUUCCCCUUAUUCUCUACUGGUUUCCUCAGGAGGAACUGUGAGCAGAAGCAACAAAAUAAAAUCUUGCUUUAAGAGGAUUGCUGAUGGAGACAGUUUAGAAGGGAAGCUUUAGCACUUUACUUAUAAAAUUUCAUACAUUUGGUGACUCUUUCCACUCCCCCCUUCAUGUGUGUGAAGCUGCUCUGCUUACAGCUGCCCACCUGAAAAAAUAAUUUACAGUAAAUGUGUGUAAGUGUGUAAGAAGUGGAAUACCUUGUGAUGAAGCAACAGAUUUGAGCGUUUAAAGACCUUUUCUUCACAGGCUGCCGAAGGGUUGAUUAAUCAUUGUACAAAAGGGCUUUCCCGGAUGGUGGCUCUCAAGGCUUCAGUAACACAUCUUGUAUUGAUAUUAGCUGAAGAUCUGAACUCUGAAUUGGUUUGAGGAAUGUCAUCUGAUGUUCAUGUCUCUUCCUUACCUCCAUCCUUCUCAAAACAUCUGUCAGAUACUCAAAUCUGGAAUCUCUUGUUCUGAGGUUGGAAAUUCACCAUAGUGUUUGUGCUCAGGUUUGACUCUUCUCAAGGCAAGAAGGAAGUAACAUGGGUCUCUCCCAUUUGCGGAUCAUAUGAGGUCUCUGUAUUGGCCAAGCCUGCAAUAAAUACAACAUGCCCUGCUUACUGCCACGGACUGAUUAGCAGAACAGUACCUUCUGUCCCUUGCAGUUAAGAUGACGGCAGUUCACAUCUCAACCAUUUUGGAACCACAGGUUACUUACAAUCUAGUUGUAGGUGGAGGCCUUGUUUGGCCCUAAUUUUGACCCAUGAUCCUUGCUGCUAGCUCAAGCAAGACCCACAUACUGUAGGUUACAUAGCAAGAACAGGUAGAAUGAUCCCCCUCCAAGGUGUGCAGUCCAGACAUUGCCCCAUCAUCUGCUGACUUCCUGGGAUGAUGAUGGGUGCUAGGGUUCUUCUGUCUGUGCCUGCCAGAUGAUCAUCAACCUCUUCAAUAGCAGCUAUGCUGAUGAGGUCAUUAAAAUCAAGGCCUGGCAUGGUGAGCACAGAGGAUUGCAAAAGGAGGAGACCCCACAGAGCAGAACCUCUGGGCCUGAACUGAAUACAAAUUUCGCCCCCAGAAUCUCUAGGGAUGCAAAGACAGAAAUAGGGUAGGAACAGAGAGAUAGUCAGUCCGGCAACAUAAAAAAAAGCUGUCAUUGUUCUGCUAAGUCAAGGCACUGGAGUUGCCAUCUUGAUUUAGCGCCUCAUGACUUGACCAACAAUAGAGAAUUCCUCUUGUUGUCUGUCAGCAUGUCAGCAUUUUUUUUUAAAUCCUGAGAACUUUAUAUUUUCUUUUCUUCAAGCAGAACUGUUAUUCUGUAGGGAAAGAUACCUAGUCACCCUUUCCUGAGAUGGUGAGAUCAUGGAAGGUGCUAAGUCCUACAAGAGCAACUUGUGAGCAUUUUUUUUCCUGCCAGAGAUCCAUGGAAGGUAUUCUUGGCAUUUUCCCCACAAGAUGGGGUGUUACUUCAGCAUUCCUGUUUCCUGGUGCUCCACAGCUGCAUAAAGCAUGAGCACAUCUGCCUAGAAGGUUCUGCUGGCCUAAACCUUCUGUGGUCUACUUCUGUCAACCUUGGCAAGUUCCUUUGAAGUGCCAUGCACCAGCUGCAAUUUUCUUCCAACUCAUGACUUGAAUGCACCUGCUUCUUAUAUUUCAUAGAGGGUCAAUAAUUUUUUAACUCUAAUUCCUACAUCAAUUCUGGGCAUGUCUUGCCAUUUAUUUUCUUUCUUUAAAAUGUAUUUAUUUUAUUUGUGAUGCCCCUGUAUUCUUUGGCUUUGCUGUUUAGGUUAUUAUUUUUUUGUUUUGUUUUUUAUGUUCUAUGUGGAAUUUCAUCUCUCUUUGCUAUAGAAGCAUGGUGGCCACUUCCCUAAAAGCUGCUGAAUUCAAUAACAGCUUGUAUUUUAUUCCCAGUCGGUUAUACUGAUCUUUGCCUUACACUUCAAGUGUUGGAAACAGGGUAUGUGAAAAUGAGAUGUGCAAUUGGUGGCUGUAGAAGGACAGGAUUGCUUUAAUUCUGUGCAGUUUCAUAUUUGAGGCCUGCUGUAGAGCCUUCUAAUCAUAAUGAUUUUCUGUACAGCAAGGCACACUGUAGCUUCGUCUAACAGAGUUUUGUCAACUCAGGCUGAAAUUAUCCAUCCCAGGUCUCAUACAAAGGCCCUGUGCUGUAUUACCUCUUAAUUUUUUUAAAAGUGCCAGUACUAAGUAUUGAACUUACCGUUUUUCUUGGUGCAGAACAUGUGUUUUGUCAGUGAUGGUCUUUCUUUUCUCCUUUUGCCCUGUAUAUUAGCAGAAGUUUCACUUUGUUAAUUAAUACAUAUUUUUUUAAAAGGAGGAGCAAGAAGGUUUUGCUGCUUAGGGUGAAAUGCCUUGGACAUUUUGUAAGAGCUCUGAGUUAAAAUACCUUUAUAUACAAAUCCGUCUUAAAAUGAAUGAUAUUUAUCUUGUAAUGUAACAUUCCUGGAAUGUUUUUUAUUUGCACUGAAUUGGCUAACUUUUAUUCCUUUGCCUUUGCUUUUUGUUGCUGAUCAAAGAAAUGUGCUCUGAUUGGAAGUUCUUAUCUUCACUUCUAAAGUACGUGCUGCUACUUGUAAACUCCCGGGAGGAAAUAAAAACAAAGAUCUUGUAGCAACAAAGCUUCUAAAGCUGUAAUUUUGUCUUUCUUCUUCUGGGCUUGUCUGAGGCCAUACAGGUGGCAGGGCGCAUAAUUCCACCAGCCACACACAUUCUUGGAGAUUUUAGCCAGCCCCUUUACCAGGAGGCACAGUGCAGGUUUGAACUCCCAGCUCCUGGCUCUACAGGCUCUCCAACCCACUGAUCUCUAUUAGCACAUUAAAUCCUUCAACGCUAGAAGAUUGGAUCCUGGACUUUCUGCAUGCAAAGCAGGUACU